CUCUUGCUAGGAUUUCUAAAGAGGUGCCCACAUCCUUGUAUCCCCAGCACUUAGCAGUGCCUAGCUUCGUUCCACCAGUUUCUUUGAGUGACUGCCACGCGCAAGGCCCUGUGCAAAUAAGCAGGCGAUUGGUGAACAUUUCCUGGAUGGAUGGAUGGAUGGGUGGAUGGACAGAUGGGUGGAUAGAUGGAUAUCAUCAUUGUGCAGUGGUUCCCAUCAGGGUAGCCUGAGUCUCCCUGCCCCCUCCCCUCAUCCCUCUCACUCCAGGCUGUCAUUUCACUUUCCUAAAAGCCUUCCCUUUGCCCAUGAUGCCAAUGACUAGCUGUCCUGAAGCAAUAGCUAGUACUUUCCCUUCCUGCCACCUAGCAUCCAGCCGAACCUUGAAUCAAUACCAGUAAAAUGGGUGUGAACGGAAGGAGGCUGCUCAUUAUUUGCCAUUAUUUACCUCUGAGUCUGUGCAUUCCCAUUCCUUCCCAUAUUAAUUCUUUCCCCCCGCAGCUCCCCCUCCCCUUCUCUAUCCUUGGGAACUGGUUCAACCAGAGUACAACCAGCUCAUCUGCAUCUGGCCCUAAAGAACCUGCGGGAGCCAGAGGCAGAGGAAGAGAGAAGGCUGCAUAGGAGCUGCAGCGCGGUGCAGCGAGCACACACCCCGGCCCGCGCCGCCCCGGGCUCGCCCAUGAGGCCUCUGCCGAGCGGGAGGAGGAAGACCCAAGGCAUCUCCCUAGGACUCUUCGCCCUCUGCCUGGCCGCAGCCCGCUGUCUGCAGAGUCAGGGCGUGUCCCUGUACAUUCCUCAGGCCACCAUCAAUGCCACCGUCAAAGAAGACAUCCUGCUCUCAGUUGAGUACUCCUGUCACGGAGUGCCCACCAUCGAAUGGACAUAUUCGUCCAACUGGGGAACGCAGAAGAUCGUGGAGUGGAAACCAGGGACUCAGGCCAACAUCUCCCAAAGCCACAAGGACAGAGUGUGCACCUUCGACAACGGCUCCAUCCAGCUCUUCAGUGUGGGAGUGAGGGAUUCCGGCUACUAUGUCAUCACCGUGACGGAACACCUGGGGAGCAGCCAGUUUGGCACCAUCGUGCUGCACGUCUCUGAGAUCCUCUAUGAAGACCUGCACUUUGUCGCUGUCAUCCUUGCUUUUCUCGCUGCUGUGGCCGCACUGUUAAUCAGCCUCAUGUGGGUUUGUAAUAAGUGUGCAUAUAAAUUUCAGAGGAAGAGAAGACACAAACUCAAAGAAAGCACAACUGAGGAGAUUGAGCUGGAAGAUGUUGAGUGUUAGCCAAGGUUGGGCCUAACUGCAUUCCUACCUCAAGAGGAAACCAUUCUCCAACAAAAAGAGCAAGCACAGCUAUUAUACCCAUUGUGUGUGGUCCUGUUGCAGCCCGCUCCUGACAGGACAGCAGGAGAUUAACAACAUUGACUGCAUGGAGUUGAGGACUGUGGAUGGACAAAGCUAGUUUUAGGACUCACGCCAAGUUCAAGGAGAAGAGUGACUGAGGCCUUGAACCAGGAGCUUUGCUUGGCUGCAGCGUCACAGCCAUGCUGACCCAUAACCAAUGGGCGAGUGCACGCGUUGGCUGCUUGCUCACGACACUCACUCUGGCGUGCAGGAUGGCCUGUUGUCAGAGUCCCUGUAUCAGAGGCCAGAGGAUUUCCAGAUGGGUGUGCAGCCAGCAUUAGAACAUGCUUUCUGU